UGUGUGUGUGUGUGUGUAACGGAGCAGCAGCCACAUCACACAGCGCUUCUCCGCUGCAUUCUCGCAGCUCUCCUUUCAUCUCAGCGCGGGGAAGUAACGGAGCGCGAGCCCGACGAGGGGACAUUAUGUCUCACCUCUGAGUCUUUUACUGCAACAUUAUUUUCUUCUCUUUCUCUUCUUCAUCGUCAUCUUUUUCUCCUUCUCUCCACCAUCUGCGGCUUGGAGCUGCUUCAACUCCACUGAGCUGGAGAUUUAUUAUUAUUAUUUGAAACUUUAUUUAUUAUUUAAAUUUUGUUUUGUUUAAAUUCUCACGCCCUCGGUCUCCGGGAGGAUCACGAGGCGGAAAAAAAGUUUAUAAAUGGUGGAGGCCAUAGUGGAGUUUGACUACCAGGCCCAGCAAGAUGACGAGUUGACCAUCGCCAUCGGUGACAUCAUCAGCAACAUCAGGAAGGAUGAGGGGGGCUGGUGGGAGGGCGAGGUGGACGGCCGGAGGGGCCUCUUUCCAGACAACUUCGUCAGGGAGAUGAAAACGGAGGUGAAAACGGAGGUGAAGAAGGAGCUCAGCUCCACCUCCCAAGCAGCCAAAUCGGAUCUGUCCAACGGCAGUGCCAGUCCCGGAUCAGAAUCCAGCCUCAGACCAGCUAAGAAAGGAGAGGCCAUACGUAAGAGACGCUGCAAAGCUGCCUUUAGUUACAUCCCGCAGAAUGAAGACGAGCUGGAGCUCAAGAUCGGAGACAUCAUCGAGGUCCUGGGAGAGGUGGAGGAGGGCUGGUGGGAAGGAUGUCUCAAUGGCAAGACCGGGAUGUUCCCCUGCAACUUCACUAAAGAGCUGCCGGCCGACGUGGAGGAUCUGGCAACCCCACCUGAGGACACACGCAGCACACGGACCAGUGUGAAGGACAGCACUGGCUCGGAGAGUGACGGAGGAGACAGUAGCAGUGUGCGUUCAGACGCAGGCAGUGCCGCCUCCAGCAGCGAGAUUCAGCCCAAGAAGGUGCGCGGCUUCGGAUUCGGCGACAUCUUCAAAGAUCAGCCCAUUAAGCUCCGCCCACGAUCCAUGGACGUGGACAACGAACUAGAGAAGCUGACAGCGAAGAAAUCAGCACCGUGUGUUCCUCAGGAAACCAUGAAGACAGAACCUGAAAACAAGACCAAAGUGAAGGAGUUCUGUAAGGUGUUAUUCCCGUACGACGCCCAGAACGAGGAUGAGCUGUCAAUCAAGGAGGGAGAGAUCGUUACCAUCAUCAGUAAGGAUUGUGCUGAUGCAGGCUGGUGGCUCGGGGAGAUGAACGGUAAACAGGGUGUGUUUCCCGACAACUUUGUGAAGCUCUUUGUUCCCGAGGUGGAGAAAGAGAGGCCUAAGAAACCGCCUCCUCCUGCAGCACCUACUAAACACAUCACAGACAAAAAGCCAGAGGUUAAAAAGGUUCCUCCCGAACGGCCCGAGUCUCUUCCACAGCGAGCCGAGGAGAAAGGUGAUGAAAUCAAGUUGGUCGAGAUCCAGAAGCCAGUGCUUCCUGUCUUUCCACCGAAGAAGCCUUUACCCCCGAAGAGCAACAACUCCCUGAACCGACCCGCGUCCCUGCCCCCGAAGCGACCCGAGCGACCAGAGAGACCGGCCGGGCCCAGCACACAGUGUGACGGUUCUGUUGUAGCUUCAGAUCGGAUGUCCUCUGACAAAUCGGCUGAAAUCGACGACUUCGACUCCAUCGUUUCCUCCACAGAGAAGCUGAGCCACCCCACUGCCUCCAGACCUCGAGUCACAGACCGCCGACCUCGCUCUCAGAUCUUCACACCUUCCUCUCUCUCCGGCACUGACCUCCUGGACUUGCAGUCUCCGGAGGACGAGCAGAGAGAGAGAGAGAAAGGGAAGGACGAGCCGGACUCAUUACCUCCCAGAUCUCUAGACAGCACCAGGAAGAUGCCCAAGGCACUUCCCAUCAUCAUAGCUCCUGAGAAAGCCUCCAAACCCACACCGCCCGCUGCCCUCAGGCCUCACUCACCAAGUGAGGCCAAGAUGAAGAGCGAGCAGGGUUCCAACAUGCUGGAGGAGCUCAGAACUCAGCUACGAGAGCUGAGGGCCACCGUGGAGCUGAUGAAGAGCCAGCACAAACAAGAGAUGAAACAGCUUGUGAGUGAACUCGACGAGGAGAAAAAGAUGCGCUUAUCCCUGCAGAUGGAUGUUGAGAACAUUAAGAAGGCUCUGUCCAAAUGAACACGCGUGAUUCGGAAGUGGUUGAGGUCGGAAGGCAGAAACACGGAAAGCCUGGCAAACGGAUUUGUGCCAAAAGAGAAAAAGAACAAAAAAAAACCCCCACGUGAGAACAACAGCAUAGAGAAAACAAACGAACGCAUCCCUCACUUCCAGAUUCUUAUUAUUUUAUUAUUUUAUUAUUUUCCAUGGUGUUGAGAAGGAACCCGUCUUCUCCUGGUACUGCGUUCCAUCGAGCGACUCGACUCUUUAAGCGGCGUGACGGAGAACCCUGCGCUGCGUUUGCCUUCAGUACGGUUCACUUUAGGUUCUUUUCUUUGCCUUUAACUUCGUGGCCUUUAUUUUAUUUUCCUGCUCGUUAUCCGUGCGCUGUCGCUCGCCCCUCGCCCACGCUGAGGCCUUUUCUAUUCUUAAUAAAAUCAUGUCUUUUCUUUCUGUCUUUCGUCAGCGAUAAGGAGAAAAUGCACAUUUUGUUUUCUUGAUGCUGUUUCUUCUUUUGAGAAAGUCUUAUAUAAACUUUUAUAUUUUAAUGUACGGAAAAUGCAUCUAUGUGUGCAAAUUUUAUUAAAAAAGACUAUUCCAAAAUAA